AAUUGACUUUACAGAAAAUGAGGAAAAGGAACAAAAACAAUAUGACAGUAAUUCCUGGGGAAAAAAAUUUUUUUUUUGCAAUGCUUUCAUUAAACCAAAGAUAACUUCUGAUUAAUCUCUGCCACUUAAUAGAGGUGAUGAUAACAUUUGAAGACCUGGCUGUGUACUUUACCUGGGAGGAAUGGCAGAACAUGAACCAAGCUCAGAAAAUCCUGUACAAGGAUGUGAUGCUGGAGACCUACAGCAGCCUGUUCUCCUUGGGGCACUGCAUGACCAAACCUGACUUGAUCUUGAAGUUGGAGCAAGGAGCAGAGCCCUGGAUGGGGGAAGAAUGCUUACAUCAUAGCCUCCCAGUUGCCACGAAAAGGGAUGACCUGAUUAGGAAAAACCAGAAAAGUCAGGACAAAAAUCUGAACCAGAAUGUUAUGAAAAACAAUAAGACAUCAACUCCCAAGAUCAUUGAAUUAAGAAAAACACUUCGUUUAAGUUCAAACCAUAUUCCAAAACUGAGUAUCAAAAAGAGAAUCUAUUCAGGAAUGAAACCUGAAGAAUGCAAUGUAUGUCACAAUGUGUAUCUGCACUGUGGGCCUGUUCAACUACAAACUGGAGAAAAAUUUGAUGCUACUAAUGUGCCUGGGAAUGCUCUCCAGAUCUGUGAGGCUCUUAAUCAACAGCACAAAAAUCAGACUGUGCAACAGUCAUUUGAACCAAUCGGAAAAGGCAAAGUCUUCAACAGGAAAAAUAUAUUUUGUCAAUCUGAGAGGCAUUUUAUGGUAGAAAGUAAGAAGUCAACUGCCAAUAUUGGCAAGACAACUCAAAUAGAACAUGAUUUCCAUAAAAAUUCUAACCUCAGUAUGCAUCAACAAAGUCCCAGAAGAGAGAAAGUUUAUGAAUAUAGUAGUUCUUUGGAACCUGUCAUUGAUCAAUCACCUCUUAAAAUAAAUCAUAGACCACAUAUAGGGAAGAAACCCUAUGCAUGUAAGCCUUGUGGAAAAUCAUUCAGUUAUAAAUUCUGCCGUGCAAUUAAUUACGGUACUCACAUAGUGGAAAACUCUCAUGUGUUUAAUGAACAUGGAGAAGCCACUUACCAGAAGUCACAUCUCAUAAAUCAUCAGAGAAUUCACUCAGGUUAUAUGAAUCUACCUCCAGUACCUACACCCCCUCAGACUAUUAUCAGUGGAGGAGACCAGCACAACACAUCCUCUUAUUCAGUAUAUAUGGGAGAACUCAUGUCAAUGCGAGGAAGUUGAAUGAGCUGGCCCAUUGUGCCAUUUGUACAGGGGACAAAUAGAUCAGAGGUGACCACUGCAGGACAGAUGACUAGACACCAUUUCCAAUACUUUUGGAGAGAUUCCUCCCUAUGCAAAAGCUUGCUGUCACCCUGACCACUGCUGCUCAUUCAGACUCACAGAGACUUGGGGCAUUUGGACCUGGAAACACCAAAUGAGAUAAGA